UGACGUGUCGCGGUCAGCUGAUAAAAGUCUGGUGUUUUUGUGACAAUAAGCUGAAGUUGCUCGGUCAUCGCUGGUUCCCGUCCCUGAGUCUGUCACGAUGAGGCUGCUGCUGCUGAGUGUGCUGGCGGCGCUAGCCCUGACCAACGACGCGCUGGUCCGAAUUCCCUUAAAAAAAUUCCGUUCCAUCAGACGUGAGUUCACCGACUCGGGAAGAGGAACCGAGGAGCUUCUGGCUGGCAAACACUCCCUUAAAUACAACUUUGGUUUCCCGUCCAGUAAUGGACCUACUCCAGAAACCCUGAAGAACUACCUCGAUGCUCAGUACUACGGGGAGAUCGGUUUGGGAACUCCUCCUCAGCUCUUCACUGUGGUGUUUGACACCGGUUCGUCCAACCUGUGGGUGCCUUCCGUUCACUGCUCCCUGCUGGAUAUCGCCUGCUUGCUUCACCAUAAAUAUAACGCUGCUAAAUCCAGCACAUACGUGAAGAACGGCACUUCCUUUGCAAUCCAGUAUGGAUCAGGCAGUCUGUCGGGAUACCUCAGCCAGGAUACGUGCACAAUUGGAGAUAUUUCAAUCCAGAAGCAGCUUUUCGGGGAGGCCAUCAAACAGCCCGGCAUUGCCUUCAUCGCUGCCAAGUUCGACGGGAUCCUCGGCAUGGCGUACCCCCGCAUCUCUGUGGACGGGGUGGCCCCAGUGUUUGACAACAUCAUGAGCCAGAAGAAGGUGGACAAGAACAUCUUCUCCUUCUACCUGAACAGGAACCCGGACACGGAGCCUGGCGGCGAGCUGCUGCUGGGAGGAACCGACCCCAAGUACUACACCGGAGACUUCCACUACGUCAACAUCAGCCGCCAGGCGUACUGGCAGAUCCACAUGGACGGGAUGGCGGUGGGCAAACAGCUGAGUCUGUGUAAGGGCGGCUGCGAGGCCAUCGUGGACACCGGGACGUCUCUGAUCACCGGACCGUCGGCCGAGGUCAAAGCCCUGCAGAAAGCCAUCGGAGCCGUUCCACUCAUCCAGGGAGAGUACAUGGUGAGCUGCGACAAGAUCCCUUCACUGCCCGUCAUCACCUUCAACGUUGGUGGACAGAGCUACAGUCUGACUGGAGACCAGUACGUCCUGAAGGAGAGUCAGGCUGGAAAGACCAUCUGCCUGAGUGGCUUCAUGGGCCUGGACAUCCCCGCCCCCGCCGGGCCGCUGUGGAUUCUGGGAGACGUGUUCAUCGGUCAAUACUACACCGUGUUUGACCGUGAGAACGACAGAGUGGGCUUCGCCAAGUCCAAGUAAACACAUCCCACAGCUUCUCUGAGCUCCGGGCUCCAGCACAGAACUACAAGCUGCACAAGUUUUCUGUUGCUUUGCAAUCAAACGGUAUUCAGCAAAAGACUGUGUGGAACGUAAAUGCACUGAUCUAAAGAUUGUUUUAAUUUCUGAUAACGUGAACCUGGUGAUUUUUAAAGACAGAAUAAGGAUUUUUAGGAUCGGAGCGUGUUGGUCCCGACUUUUUUUUUUUUUUUUUAAAGCAGCCAAGUAAUCCGUUUGUUUGGUUUUUGUGAAUCAGGGAUUUAUUUUGGAUUUUUAAUUAGCCUGUCGGAAACUGGUACUCAACUACUGAAAGAUGUCAUCUUUGUUGUGAUUGGGCUUAAUAAAACACUUGUUAAAUAUAAA